AUGGCUCGCCAGGCGCACUUCGACUCUAGGAUCAUGCGCAAGCUCCUAGGCAAGGCAGCCCCGGACGCCACCAGCGGCGACCUUGCCAACAGCCAAGCGAACAUCCCGACUAUAUUUCGUCCCUCAAAGUCGCAAAAUGCCGUAUACCCCGUGGGCAGCCCGAUUUCGUGCCUUGAUGUGACGCCCGAUCACCGAGCCGUGGUGCUGGGCGGCCCUCACGUCCUUAAAACGAUAGUGACGGAUACAUCUGGCGAUUCCAACUUCGGCUUCAAGUUCACAGAUGGCGUUGAUUUGAGAGCGGCUAUCACGGCGCAGAAGUCAUCGGGCUCGGGCAACAACUUCAUUGCAGAUCAGCUCAACAUUCGUGAUGUCAAGUGGCAGGGCGCGUCGACGAUAUUUACGGCGUGUGCUGCUGGCAGAAUCUUCGCCUACGACGUUGCCAGGCUUGGUUCUGGUGGUGUAUCCGAUGCCCCAGACUACAUACAAAUCCAGGAAGAUACCCGACAGGUGCACAGUUUGGAUGUAAAUCCCCAUCUUAAGAGCUGGCUGCUAUCCGGAAGUCAUGAUGGAAUGGUCCGUGUGUUUGAUGUAUCUGCUCCUUUGCAGACGCGAGCCGGCUUCUUAACUUUUCGCCAACGGUACUCAGGCAUGAGGAAUAAUGAGCCCGUUAGGCAGGUGAAAUGGUCGCCCAAGGUUGGUCAUGAGCUCGCCUGCUGCACUGAAUCUGGAGUCAUCUUGAAAUGGGACGUUCGGAAUUCUUCCCGGCCUUUGCUAAGGAUCAACGCUCACGAAAAAUCUUGCUCUGCCAUUGCGUGGCAUUCUGAUGGCAUACAUUUAAUGAGUGCUGGCUGGGAUGCGAAGCUACAUGUGUGGGAUUUUGGGGCGACCGCAGACAAGCGGCAGAAACCCAAGUGGAGCGUUACUACACCGGCACCUGUGACUACAAUUGCCUGGCGGCCCGGCCUUUGGUCUGCGACUGCUCAGAAUCGACGUCUUGCUCAGAUCGCCGUGACGUAUGACGAGACGAGUAAUCGACGGUAUGGCAGCUCAGUCGUUCAUAUCUGGGAUCUGGCGAGGCCCGCGAUGCCGUACAAGGAGAUUGAGCGAUUCGACAGUUCGCCGUUGGCACUUACAUGGCUAGACCAAGACAUGCUCUGGACUGUUGGACGGGACGGCAUGUUUAACCAGUGCGAUGUUGCAUAUGCUCCCAAAGUUAUUGAUCGCCAAUCUACCUCUGCUAUGGCAUUUUCAUCUCGAGGAGACGUAGUCAUGUUUCUUGAUGAACGACCACAACCUCCACGGCCGCAUCCGUCUGUCUCUCAUGAUUCAGACGUGAUACCCCGAACUCCGUUUAGCACGAGCCCCAAUACCCCGAUGCUUAGCGUCAGUCGAAGCGACUCAGAAGAAGACGUUCUAGGCAGCUUUUUGGGGCCUCGCAGGCGAACAAUUCGCAAAAGGCGCCUCAGCACAAGGUCUGGUCUACCAAUGAGCACUACUCCACCCUCUCUGCCCAACUUACCGGACGAUGGGAAGCAAAUUCUUGGCCUAGAGCAGUCCAUCAACGUUACUGGUAUCUUCAAGACCCAGCAGGGGAUGGCAUCUGGACACGUUCCAGCUGCAAAGUCCGUGAGCGUGUACCACUAUCUUUCUAGCAACUACCUUGAAAUACUCCAGAAAGAAUUACCUCUGGAAGGUGGCGAAAAGUCACUAAUUAAACGAGUGGCCGACAUCAUGGAACAAUAUGCUAUGGCUGCUGAGAAUGUCCGACAAUACCGAUUAUCACAAACAUGGCGUAUUCUCGCUUAUGCCAUGUCACUCCUGCUAGAGAAACGAGCGGAAUACCACUUGCGCCUUAGAACGGAGAAGUUCCGUAAGAGGAGCAUUGACGAAGGAAAAGUCAAUAUUAAGAGGACAACAAGUCAUAUUCGCGUAAGCCAUCUUGCUAAUGGCGAUGAUUCGUCACGCAGGCCAUCCGGUCAAGCUGGAAGCGUCGAUGGGCGCCUGCCCAUGGCGAGAUCACUACUCGCAGAGGAAAUAGAGAGCACUUCUAACGUGCCGACCCCCCUUGUGAGGCCGGUGGGCGAAGGCACAACUAUUGAGUGGGACGAACGACACUUUCCCCAUGGCAAGAAACUGACGCCCAUCAUCGAGCCUGAAAGCCUUAACUUGGGGCCUUCUGCUCAUGGAUCAUAUCGUCCAAGCCCUCGACAGCGUCAUGAUUCUGCGCCGAUUUCAGAGAUGAGCCAUGAUAGCGAGGCAUCUAAAACUUCAAUCACAGAAGGAUAUGAUUUUUAUGACACGGAAGCUCUGGCGCGAGCCAUUGACGUGCCAAUGACCAAGAAUCCAGAAAAGACAAGCUGGGAGCAUAGUGAAGCUGAAAAGCUUCGGCGAGUCAAGGCUAUUCGACAUGAUUCAAACGAUAGUUUUGCUCAAGUGUUUUCUGCCUCUGAUAGCAGCGACCACACUUCACCGAGGGGAGAUUCAUUCAACGUCUCGAGCUCUUUGAGGCCCGAGUCGUUGAAAAUCUCGGCAGUUGGCAACGAAAUUGGUGUCAAAUUUGCAAGUCAGGCUCAUGAAGAUGGCGAACAAAAGCCUCCGAGACAAACUCCGAAAUCAUCCAAAGACUCCACAGCAAUGCCUCGGGCGGAUUCGCCAGAAGAAAUGUUCAUGAUCUCACAGACAACUGCCACAACCGAUGAUACUUAUCCCUCUCAAACAUCAUUUGCCUCUCAAACAGAAGACUCAGAAGUUCAUGAGGGCUUUGCUGGUCACCGUCCGACCCCAUCAAAUGAGAUUACGAUGGCGCGGCCUAUCAGUCCUGUUCCAGUGGCUACCGCUCCCGAAUAUGACCCAAGUCCUCAUAUAGUCAUAACUGAUUACUUCCCUUGGCCAGAAGACGGCGCCUACCCCUUCCCUACUGAUUCACCAGACUCGAAAACAUUCAAAACGCCUAGUAUGCCUGCUUGUCCGCUUGACCCCUAUUCUCUCUUAAAACGCGCCUUGGAAUUUGAGUCACGGACUUCUGCCCUCAACGCUUCUGCAAUGGUACUUUUACUUAAACCGCUGAUGCCUGAAUAUGUCGUCGACAUCUAUCAAGCAACCGCCAUCUUACGACAGCACCACUCGCGCCUCAUGGGAAUGAGCCUUUUCGUCGAGGCUGCACUCUUGCGGAAUCUAGCGAUCAAAGGCUGGCCUGCUGGUCUGCCCGACUGGGGCGAAAACUAUACCCCCUUGUUCCACCCAGCCCAACAGGGCGUCAAGGCAGGUUUCAUGUGUUCAAACUGCCGCAAGCCCCGCGAAAUCAACCGCAGCAAUGGCGAUUCUGCAUUCUGGACGUGCGAGAAGUGCCGUCAGGUAGUCACCCCCUGCGCAGUCUGUGGUCACCGUGAUGCCGAAAUCGCCAGCUCGCUGCCUACCGAAGUCACCGAUAUCCCCAGCAAGGAGUCGUGGAUGACGGCGUGGUGGUACUGUCCCAGCUGCUGCCACGGCGGCCACGCUUCGUGCAUGCAAACUUGGCACGCCGCCCUCAACCCUUCCGAGGUAGCGUCCUCCUCGUCCUCGUCUUCUUCGCCAAACGUCUACAGCGAUGGAUGCUGCCCCGUCGACGGCUGCGGACAUGCCUGUCUUCCCGGCAAAUACAGGGGAGAGACAGCAACAGCCCGGUCAGAGGAGCUUAUUACUCGCAUGCGCGAUGAGUUUGGGAAGACUAGCACUAGCAGGAGAUCCAGUCCCGGGCGCUCAGGCCCCAGCAGUAUGACCAUGGAUCGCAGCAUCAGGAGCGAUGCUAAUGACGUGCCGCAGAGCAAGGCCGUCGGCAUGGCGAGGGAAGCUUUGAACAAGGGCAGCGGCGGAGGGAUUUUGAGUUCUAGCCCUGGACGGACCAUGACUGGCGAGAGAGAGAGGAGGAAGAGUGUCAAGUUUGCAAGGACGGAUCGCUAA